AUGUUUUCAGCUACCCAGACAGAUUUGCGUCUGUUACUGGAAUGUCUAAAAUACCAGAUGAAAUGGCCUGGAUCACAGAAACAAGCUCUUCUCACUAUCAUCUCAAUCUGCAAACAAAAUGGUCAGUAUGUGGAGUUCUUUAGAGAGAUUGGGGGAAUUUCCUUCAUCUAUAACCUGUCAAAGUCCAGCACUUUCUCUCAGGUUAAAGAGACUGCUCUAUUUACACUUGCAUCCUUGGCUGAAUUACAUGAGAGCGUUAAGCAGUCAUUGUGCAAAGAGGAGACGUUUUGUGACUUAGCGCAGCAUCUGGAACAGAAACUGCCUCUGACGGAAAAAAGAGUAGCAGUGUACAUGCUGUCUGUAUUGGUUGCCAACAACAGAUGUGGACAGACUCUUGCUAAGACCUCCAGGUGUAUCGAAACCUUGCUCAAUUUGUUCAGGCAUAAUUUUCCAGAUCCUAACGCAUCUUAUGAGCAGCUACAGUUGUGGGCUACUGUGUCUAGUGCUCUCUGCGGCUCUGUCAACAAUCCUCAAAAUGAAGAGAAUCAGAACACAUGUAUGCAUGUGUUUCCCCUGGUGAAGACCUGGCUGCAGGAAGUGGCAUUGCCCAGGGCAGAGCUGGCACAGCCUAUAUGCUCAUUUAUUGGCUUGACUGUUGCAAACAAUCCUUGUGCUCAGCAGUAUUUUGUGUCAGUCGGAGGCCUAGAUUCACUCUCAGACACUCUUACAAGAGUUUUGUCUCAGUCGGCACACAGUGCUCCUGCUUGUAAGGUGGCCAUAGUAAUCACUAAAACACUGUCUGCUUGCAUCUCGAACAAUGAGCAGUUGGUGCCUUCUUUGUCAAAGUCGAUGGUCAUCCCAGGGCUACUGUGUCUGUUGUCCAGCCCAAACCUUGACCCACAAGACCAGCUCGCUGUGGUGUUGACGAUUGGACACCUCACAGAUGCCUGUGUAGAGCAUCAAUCUCAGUUGUUGUCGACAGGAGGUUUACCUAUUAUGAUUUCUCUGCUCACUGAGGCUAGUGAUGAAGAGGUUAGAAAGGCAGCCAUGUUUGUCCUGCACAGAAUCACUGAAUCAUUAGGCGCAGGCAUGUCAACAAUGAGUCUAGAGGAGAGUGACAUGAAGAGUCACUGGCAGUCCGCCGGAGAAAUCCUCCAGAGAAUACAGCUCCUAGAGAAAAAGGGUUUUCUGUUUAUUAGUGUGAAACUGGGGGAAAGAGACACCGAAAUCCAGCAGCCCAGCAAUCUGAAGUUAGCCUCAUCUGUGGAAUGUAAUGAGGCAUGGUGGGAGGGUUCUGUGAUGCGAAAGGUGAAAGGUUACCAUCGAGUAUGUGGGGAGUUACACACAACCCCUGCAGGAACUCUAGAACGACCAAUCCCAAAUGAAAUACCAUACAGUAAAGAGAACUUGCAGUGUGUCAGCACUGAAGAGUGUUUGAGUCCUGCCCAAGUCACUCGCUUCGAAGGACCUAGCUGGGAAAAAGGUAACAAGAGAGAGGAUGAACUAAUGAGAGAGAAUGAGAGGAAUUUUGAGAGAACUGGCAACCAAGAGACAAGCACACAGGGAUUUGUGAAAAAGAGAGACAUGGAGAGGAAAUUACAGUCUGAAAGAGGGGCAAAGAGAAUAAAAAUUAUGUAUCAAGGCAAAAAACGUUUACUGCACUGCAGCACACCAACAGGGGGCGGCAGAGAUACACAGGGCCCAGAUAUUUUCAGACAUCCUGAUCCCAUGAAGAGAAACCAGUGCCCACACACUCGUUCUGAUGAUGAAAUGGCUCUGUGCUCUGAGCUGUUAGACAGAGAAAUUAACAGGUUUCGGAAGCUGUCUUCUGCCUCUAAAGCCAGCAGUCUUUGCUGUGCAGGUUGUGCGAAAAAUAUAAAUGAGAUGGACAGUCGUUCAUUUGGUGCUGUGUUGGGUAGCUGCAGGUUUCGGUGUGACUUUCACCUGGUCCUGCGGGAGGCUGAGGAUCGAUUUAGGAGAAAACAGCAGUUAAAGAGGACUAGACACACUAUAACACACAGUCACAUCCACACACAUGACAAAAACAGAAAAAGCACUAGUGAAGAAACAGAGAUGAGAAAGAGGGAAAAACACAGACUGAGUCACCAACCAUCAGACAAAUGUAUUAGGCUCACACCCUUGAGAAGACCGAGUGAAAUAUACAGCCCAGGCAUAAAAAAGAAAACCUCAGAAGACUGUCUCCCAAAAAAUUCUUCAGACAGACACAGAGAGAGGAGGAACUUUUCUGCUGAUGAGUUGCAGUACCUCAACAUGGGUGUGAAGAGGUUUGGUCACUCCUGGAACUCAUCCCUUCCAGUCGGGACGCACCAAUGUAGACCUGGCCAAGAAGUACCAAAACAUGCAGGCAUGAUAUGACCAAUGACAGAAAGCCAAAGCACAGGAUCUGUCUGAUGCAGGAAACGAAUAAAUCAUCACCAGCUGAACUCAUUUUCAGACAUCACUAUUUAUGUUGUUUUAUUUAAAUAGUUAUGUUCUAUAUUUUUGUUAUUGGAUUGUAUAAUUGUGCCCUUUUGCUAAACAGGUGAUGUGUUAAAAAAUAACAUUGUUUGCACUAAGGAGAAAUGGAAAAAUAAGAUUUAGUUUGAAAGUUUAUUUCCCCCCAUGCUCAAUUUAUUUGAAAAAUAAUUCAUAUGGGUAUCACAGUUACCUGUUUAUUUAUUUUCUGUCAAAUCCACUUUAUUUGCAUGGGAGUCCAUACUAUAUGUAUAUUUGUAUAAAGUUUACUUGUUGUGCAACAGUAGAUUCCCUAGAGCCACGUCAUCUAAAUUCAUUCCUCUUUUGGCUGAAAUACACAAAGCUCUGUUAUACAAGGAUAAUGAGGCAUGGCAUUUCCUUGAGAUUUCAGCAAAUGGAAGCAGCUUAAUAUUUCAUCAAAAACUCUGCUACACGUUCAGUACAGAAAACUCAAGUGAAAGUUGUUUAUUUAUAAUAAAGCCAAAGUUUCUUGGGAAAAGAUCCAGAAAGUUAACCUCAAAAAAGAAAAAGAAAAACCCUGUCCCAUGAGACCCCUUUUCUCUGGAAAGAAUGUUGCCCCUAUCCCCAGAAGCUUCGCUGAGAAAACUGAGAGAUGGUGUAUGCUAUCUUACCAGAAACUUCCCAGGAAUCUCCCAUGUAUUGGGAUUGUUCAUACACUUCUGUGUGUUGAGUUUUGUUUGUUCUCCAAAUUAUUUCUAAUUCCAGCGGCACUGCAGUAAUGUUGAAUCAAGCUAUUACACACAUAUUGAUGUGUUGUUCAUAUGUUACAUAGAAGAUACUGUAGGAAUGCAUACCACAAACAUAUUUGAUUAAAUGCAAAAUACAGAUCA